AUGUAUAUAUAUGCCGCGUGCGCGCCGUUCUUGGAGGGGCGCGCCGGCGGGACGGAGAGGACGGAUCUGUCCGCUAGGACCGCCGCCUGGUGCGGAGGCAAUAGGAGGAGGACGAGCGUGUACCUCACGGAGUGCGUGCCGGCGUGGGGCUGCGCCACGACGUGCGGCCGCGGCGCAGCGAUGGAGGGCGCGUGCGCCGCUGUGCCGCGCUUCGCCGAGGUGCCGGUGCGGAUGCUCGCGGGCGCGCGGGAGCCGGACGCGCUCGGGCUCGGCCUCGACGCCGCAGCCGCGCUCCGGCUGCCCGCGCACCUGCUCGCCGUGUACGACGGGCAUGGCGGCUCCGAGGUGGCGAACUACUGCCGGGACAGGAUCCACGUCGUGUUGAGAGAUGUGCUGAGCAGAGCGGCGAGCGGGUUAGGGGAAUCGGGGGACCUGGACAUCAAGGAGCACCGGGAGAAGGUUACCAGUGAUUCUUUCCAGAGGGUAGAUGACGAGGUGUCGGGGGAACCAAGCAGGUUCCCUAAUGGCGUCAGCGGGGUCCAGUGCAAACCUGUUGCCGCAGCCGACGUCGGCUCCAACGCUGUUGUAGCGGUUGUCUGCUCUUCUCAUGUCAUAGUUGCGAAUCGCGGGGAUUCACGCGUGGUGCUCUGCUGCGGGAAGAAGCCCAUUGCUCUGUCCGUCCAUCACAAAUCAAAUAAUGGUGAAGACGAGUGCGCGAGGAUUGAGGACGCAGGAGGGAAGGUCGUCUCUGGUAUACUUGCUAUGUCACGGUCCAUAGGUAAGUAUGUUGCCUCUUUGCAUGCCCAACAUCCCAAUCUUACAGUACAGUUUAAAUGGAUGAUGAUGUCGAGCUGUAUUUUUAGAGAUUGGAAUGAGAUCGAAAUUAACCUGACAUCAUACGCUUUAGUUUAA